GACGAUCUCUCUUUGCAUUCACUCUGCCCUCCUCCCUUCCACCCAUAUAAAUACCUUCAUCUUAUCUCGCUUUGGCAGUGAUCUUCACCAUCCACCCGCCACAGUCCCGUCACUCGUCGUCCCCUUCACUUCGCGUGCUCCGCUGUCCCCAGGUCAAAGAAGCCGCCCCAUCCCAUACUGGAGCUCUACGGUGUCAGCGUCCACCGUGUCUGUCGCCCGCAAAGUCGUGCGCUAGACGUGUCAUUCGCCUUAGAACCGUCUUUCUUCUAGUCUGCAGCCAGCCUCCCCAGGUCUCGCUGCUGCACCACUCCCAAUUCCUGUAGAUUGAGCUAGCGGCGCGCGCAAACCGGCUUGCUCCAAGAGGCGAGAAGAACCUGAACAGGGCCGCCCACAAUAGUCGCGACACCUCUACCCGCCGCACACCGCGCCCCUGGCUUCCAUCACCCCCUAUCGCACACUCAACGCGCUCAACCUCCACUAUGGCUGAAUUCGUGCGUGCCCAGAUCUUUGGCACGACAUUCGAGAUAACGAGCAGGUACACCGAUCUGCAGCCUGUGGGCAUGGGCGCCUUCGGACUCGUCUGUUCGGCCAAGGAUCAACUCACCAGCCAAGCCGUGGCCAUCAAGAAGAUCAUGAAACCCUUCAGCACUCCGGUCCUCUCCAAGCGAACCUACCGCGAACUCAAACUCCUGAAGCAUCUGAGACACGAGAAUGUCAUUAGUUUAAGCGAUAUCUUCAUCUCACCCUUAGAGGAUAUCUACUUCGUCACUGAGCUCCUUGGAACUGACCUUCACCGUCUUCUCACCUCGAGGCCCCUAGAAAAGCAGUUUAUCCAAUACUUCCUUUAUCAAAUUCUGCGCGGGCUGAAAUACGUCCACUCCGCUGGAGUCGUCCACCGUGACCUGAAACCGAGCAACAUCCUUGUGAACGAGAACUGUGAUCUGAAGAUCUGCGAUUUCGGACUGGCACGUAUACAGGAUCCCCAGAUGACGGGCUACGUUUCCACGAGAUACUACCGAGCACCGGAGAUCAUGUUGACAUGGCAAAAGUACGAUGUUGAGGUGGACAUCUGGAGUGCAGGUUGCAUUUUUGCAGAGAUGCUCGAGGGGAAGCCACUGUUUCCUGGAAAGGACCACGUGAACCAGUUCUCAAUCAUCACUGAACUCCUCGGCACACCCCCAGACGACGUCAUUCAGACAAUUUGCAGCGAGAAUACUCUACGGUUUGUGCAGUCACUUCCCAAGCGCGAGCGACAGCCAUUAGCGAACAAGUUCAAGAAUGCAGACCCAGCUGCUAUCGAUCUCCUUGAGAACAUGUUGGUGUUCGACCCCAAGAAGCGAGUUCGAGCUGAGAGUGCACUUGCUCACCCCUACCUCGCGCCCUACCACGACCCUACCGAUGAACCAGUAGCGGAAGAGAAGUUCGACUGGUCUUUCAAUGACGCAGACCUCCCUGUUGAUACAUGGAAAAUCAUGAUGUACUCCGAAAUCCUUGACUACCACAAUGUCGAUGCUCAGGCUGUUAACGAAGAAAAUGGAAAUCAGUAGUCGAAGUAAUCGAGGAUAUUGAAACGGGAUGCUAUGCAUGAUGGACCGAAACUCUUCCCAAAGGCAUAAAGGUCUGUCCCUGAGUUUGGCGCAUGACGCUCCCAGUGCAGGCUGGACUGAUAUCCCUCGAUCAAGGCCCAUUGCGCGUAGGGAGAUGGGUUGUAUUUUUGGCUUUAAUUCAUUCGGAGGUAUUUAUGGGCAUGAUCGGCGAAGUGUGUUUACGGAGAUAACUCCCCGGUAAAGGCGACAGAUUCCGGAAAUAGGGGGGAACUUUUUCUUCGUUGGCCUACACCAUGAAUACUGCAUCGCCCUGAUCCUUUGUUCCC